AUGUAUAUGUAAAUAUUAUUCGAUGGUGUAACUCUACAAGCGGAAGGAUAACACAUUAAAAAUGGAUGUUUUGAACAUGGUCUCGAGUGUGCAUUCAAUUCAGAAUGCGUUUCAAGUACUCACAACUCUUCAGCUGACAUCCUACUUGUUUCCUCCAAGUACCCCUAUCCGUAAUGGAAGUACUUUCGAUUAUAUAGUAGUGGGAGCAGGGUCUGCAGGCAGUGUGAUAGCCAACCGACUUACUGAGGAUCCCAACAUAACGGUGCUCCUUAUAGAGGCUGGGGGAGAUCCACCAACGGCCUCUGUUCUUCCAGGUUUGAUGGCGUAUUUAAAAGAAUCCCAAGUUGAUUGGAAUUACACGUCACUGGAAGAAAAUGCCCAACGAUGCCAUAACAAUCAUGUCUCUGAUCUCACACGCGGUAAGAUGUUGGGAGGCUGCAGUAGUAAUAACUACAUGGGCUACGUUCGUGGUGACCCCAAUGACUAUAAUACUUGGGCUGCCAUUACCAAUGACCAGUCAUGGAAUUAUGACAACAUUCUGCCAUAUUUUAUUAAAAGUGAAAAUCUUCUAGACCAGGCUAUUCUCAAUUCCCCUAACAGAGUAUUCCACGGUACUAAAGGUUACCUAAAUGUAACUAGACACCCAUCAAACUCAACACAUAAAUAUCUGAAGGCAUUAAAAGAAUUAGGACAUAAUAUUGUGUUAGAUACAAAUGGAAAUUAUACUUUAGGAUACGCCCAACCAAUAUUUACUGCCGCCAAUAAUGUUCGACAAAGUACUGCGCAAUCAUUUUUAGGUACAAUAAAAAAUAGACCUAAUUUGUAUGUCGUUAAAAAUAGUUUAGCUACAAAAAUAAUAUUUGAUAGCUUCAAAAAUGCUAUUGGUGUUAAACUAGUAAACGAAAGCAACAAAAUCAUUACAGUAAAAGCGAACAAAGAAAUUAUAAUAUCAGCUGGAAGUAUAAAUACUCCUCAAUUACUCAUGCUUUCGGGCAUCGGUCCAAAAGAACAUCUUCGAAAUAUUGGAAUUAAUGUUAUAUCAGAUUUGCCGGUGGGUGAAAAUCUUCAAGAUCAUGCUCCAGCAUUAUUGGUUUAUACUACAGAAAAGACCAAACCUAAAGGACCUAUUGACCCACAUGAAUACCCGGUACCUAUGACUAUUGGUUAUGUAGCUUUAAAUAAGUCCCAAACUUAUCCAGACUAUCAAGCCAUAACUCUAAUAUUGGAUAGCUCCUCUAUUCUGCAGUUUUGCGCCUUUACAUUUAACAUUGAUUACAAUAUUUGCCAACGAUUAUACGAAGACAGUAAGGGAAGGGAGGUACUUCUUGUCAUCUGCUCCAAACUCAAUCCAAAAUCUCGAGGGCGUGUGUUCUUACAAAGUGUAGAUCCAACGAAACCUCCAUUAAUUAAACUGGGAGCCUAUUCCGCGUACACAGACAUAGAUGACACUAUUGCUUAUGCAGACGAUUUCAAUCGUAUACUGGGUACGAAAUAUUUCAAGAGUGUUAAUGCUAAAUUGUUAGCACCAAACUGCCUGGGUUUGGAACAGGGCAGUGAGGAAUUCUGGCGGUGUUAUAUACCGUGUAUGACAUCAUCAAUAUAUCAUUAUGUUGGGACGUGUGCUAUGGGCUCAGUAGUAGAUACACGUCUCCGAGUAUCUGGUGUGCAAAGAUUAAGAGUAGUAGAUGGUAGCGUGAUGCCAGUUAUUACUAGUGGAAACACCAAUGCACCUAUUAUUAUGAUUGCUGAAAAGGCCGCAGAUAUGAUAAAACAAGAUAACGCAGAACUGUGAUU